ACGGCGCGCGCGCAUCCCGCCUUACGCGGGAUCUAAAAAUACUCCACAAACACCCGGGCAACGCUUUCAUGCCCUGUUUAACGCGUGAGGCAUUCCAAAUUCGAAAUCUAAUCGUGACUGCUUUGCCGAUCUAAGCCCAGCUGUUCGUUCCAAAUUUGAAAUUUAAUAGAAUCGCGAUUAGAACCCAGCCGCUUAUUCCAAAUAUUGACACUUAUUCGUGACCAGCUUCUAAUUCCAAAUUCGAAAAUUUGUCGUGUUCCUUGAGUUGCAUUGUAACAGUUUUAAAUAUUUGCGGCUAGUGUUGGGAUUAUUGAUAGUGGUGUUGGGUUUGUCGAUAGUGGUGUUGUAUCGAUGCGGCGAUGUCACCGACAGACAUCGGCGGUGAACUGCCGCAGUGGCGCGGUCGCGGGGAAGGUGAUGGGUGCUCGCAGGCGCUGCUUGGUUGGCUAUAUCUGACUCAUGACCACAACGAUCAGUGGAUUCCAGGGUCGGUAUGGGGUCCUCUCCCGACCGCAGCGCCAGGAUCCAUCCAGGCGCCGUCAGACGACACCAACUCGCUCGCGGAACAGUUGGCAGCCCUGUCGCUCCGCAGGCCCGCUAGGCCUCCGCCACCGGCGUACAUGUGCCACCUCUGCUUCAAGAAGGGACACUACAUCGGAGAUUGUCCACAAGCACGUCCCAAGGGUGAAGGCUUGACGCCAUACCAAGGCAAGAAGCGAUGUUUCGGGGAGUACAAGUGUCCCAAGUGCAAACGUAAGUGGAUGAGUGGGAACUCCUGGGCGAACAAUGGCCAGGACUGUAUCAAGUGCCGUAUCAAUGUCUUCCCUCACAAACAGCGACCUCUGGAGAAACCGGACGGCUUGGAUGUCAGCGAUCAGUCGAAGAUCCACCCGCAGCAUCUCUGCCAGAAAUGCAGAUCUCUUGGAUAUUACUGCCGACGUGAAUAUUAACCUGCAUCUACCUUCUGUACUCCUAGUACUAUUUAAAAAUAUGUUUGUAGUGGUUUUUCUACAGCAGGUCUUUUUUAAAAUGAUCUUUAACAUGAGUGGUGCUUCCAUACAGGAGCUAAAAAGAGUUAGCAAAAAAAAUUGUAUAGCAUAAGAUAUUUGCUACUGUUAGCAAAUAUUAGCGUAGACGCUUAGAUCAUCUAUACGUCUAGACUGUGACAGCUAUGGAAAAAAAAUUGAGUUUGACAGUUAACUUCAAUUUGAGAAAUGCACACACACUAACACAAAGUAACAUACAAAUCGCGAUUGUAAGACGUAGCUUGUCACGCACACUAAGGUAAUAAACCUGGCCUGUUUUCAGCGGUUGUCUAGCAGCAAGAAGCUCUAUCUAGACGUAUAUAUUAUCUAAGCUUAGAAGCAUAUUUAAAUAGGAUUCUGGAUGAGGAGAAUUAAGUAAUAAUGUAGUAGGUACUAUAAUUACACCUUGAAGGGCGUCGUAACUGAAGUGAAAAAAAAAAUGAAAUAGCUGGACAACAGCUGCGGCCACUCAAAAUUCAGGGUUUUUCAAGAAUCCUGAGCGGCACUGCAUUAUAAUGGGGCAGAGCGUAAAUAUCGUAGACCCCUUCUGUCGUGCUGGGGAAUCUUGAUCCGUAGAAAUAAUUAUGUGAAAUAACAGGAAGCACUAAGUGGUCAUUUUUCAUUUUAUUUUAUUUAUAAAGUACUUUAAAAUUUCUUAAAACGGCUUAAUCAUUCAGGUCGCAAGCAAGUACAAGAGUAUACAAAUCAACAAUAAGCGAAAUCAAAGUAGAAUAACUCAAAAGACACCGAAUAUUUCCUUUGAGAGUAUUUUACAUUGAGUUUCCUAAAAUUUCGCUAGGUUGGUUAAGAAGGAAGCAGGAAAUUGCCGAGAAUGAAACCUUAGCUUGUGAGUUUUUUACUGAUUAAUAUUUAGUCAGAACUGCAAUUGUCCUUAACGCACUGAGUGAUGAAUUCUUACGUCUGAAAGGCCUCACCUGAUGCAGGGGCGGGCGUAUCAUAUUAUAGGCAAUAGGCAGUGCCUACUUCGUUAUGAACCUAAAUAUAUAUAGCACUAGUGUUAAAGUUAAUUUACUACCUACGACAGGCAGUCUACAGAUUGCAUAUACGAAGCAAGCAGCGUUUCAUACAAGUUAUGUCUUACUGUAGGACUAUAGCGACGACGACUAGUUAGAUUUACAGUGCCUACCUUGUUGGAAAACCAAUGCACGCCCCUGAUAUUAUGUUUCCUCUUAAAGAAUCAAGAAAACCUUGAAGCGGCAAGACACUGGUCCGCAGACCAUCGCCAAGCUAAGCUGCACCUAGGUAAAUGAGGACAGGACGCACACGUACGCUCAGGCCUCCUAACCCCUAAUACAGGAUGUAUGGAAUGUGAAGCCAUUACUAGAGUUAGAGUGGGAUACCUUAAAGAUCUUAUAUUUGAGCAGGACUUACCUUGUCUGAUUCCUCUGAGAAUCAUACCCCUAUAAAAAGUGUUGAGGAUGUGAUUUUAAACUCUCUUGCAAAGCAAGGGCACCGCUUAAUCGACGAACAGCCUCGAUUUCCACACCUUCGAAGGUAUUCGAGGCUUGCCUGUAAACACUACCGGGGCGCAAUAGAUCCUAGGAUUAAAAUCCCAAUAAAGUGCCAGAAACCCGGGAAACAGCAGUGUUUACAGGAUAUCUAAUAAGAGGUGAUUAUAUCAAGUAAGGAAAUAUUCUACAAUAUUAUAUCAGUAUUUCCACACUUACAAAAUAUCUAAAAAUGGUUAACAUGUUACAAAAAGCUUUUGACUUAAAUGAUAUUAUCUAAACUGCUGUGUGGGAGCACCAUAUCAAGGUCGUUUUCCUGUUUCAUGAUAUUUCUGUAAGAUAAUGGAGUUAUCCAUAGAUUUUUAUUUGUAAUAAUAAUAAAAAAAAUAUAUACCUCCUCUUAAAGCCAAAUAUCUAUACCAAAGUACACCAAAGGAGUGACAGAUCUUUAUUGAAAUACUGACUUACAAAAAUUUAUUAUAGUUGGUAAGUAUAAAAAAGAGAUUGAUAAGGAACUAAUAUUUUGUUUUUCUAUGUUAUAACAGUGGUUUGAAAGUGAGAUGUUUAAGGGUAGCUUCGCACUCUAAAACAGACUUUAAAAAAAGUAAAAUGUAAGUGAAGUCUUUAAUCUCGAACAUUUAAUUUAAAAAUAUAAAAUGGAUCUUUAUCGAUUAUUGCAUUUGUACUUAGAUAUAUUUAAAUACUUCGUUGCAUCUAUUCAUUUAAAAAGAGCGCAUUUAAAAGUCGUUAAAUUUAACAGUGUUAACAGUUAAUGUAAGAUGACUUUGGUUUCAUAUAUCGGUAUCUUUAAUUAAAUGGGUAGAUAUUGCUAUACAUUAUUAGGUAUUUGAAUUUUAGUAAUAAUGUCAUGAUUAAUUAUAUAUUUCGUUAUAGGAUACAAAGUAUAUUGAUAUGUAUAUUUCGACGCAAUUGUUUUUAUUCCAAUUCGUGUUAUAAAGGAAUUAACAUUUUAAUAACACUUUACGUGUUAAUAAAAUGAUUAUUUAUGUAUAUUUAGCAAACAAUAAGUAAAUAAGGUUUUGUUAGUUUUAUUAUAAGGAAAGUAACGUUAUAUUGACAAACUAACAAGUUAUUAAUAUAUUAUGUAUUUUAAUUUUCAAUAAAUCUAGCGCCUUAAAGUAUUUUAUAUUACAUAUUAAUUUUACAAGUUAAGAUACUUGUGUUGUGAUUGUGGUUAUUUCUACGUAGGCGCAAUCAUAAAUACUAGACAUCUGUGAAUUCAAUAUGUGCCAAAUAUUAUUAUAAUUAAUAAAGUGUUAUAUUGAGAUUAUUUAGAAAUAUAAAGUUAAUACUACUUAUUAUAGGUCUUAAAUAAAAAAGGUUAUAAAAUAUUGAGUACUUAGUUGAGGAAUUCAUUAUUAAUCGAAUGAUUUAGAACUUUAUAUUAAAUGUGUUUAAAGAAUAUUAGAAACGAUAUAGACUUUUUUGCUAUAAAGCAGAUAGAAUUACUUACAUAUAUAUAUAGGAAACGCAGUUAAUACAUUUUUAUCAUCUAAAGCUAAGGUAUUUCACUUAACAUAAAUACUUCUCUUAAUAAGUUUGAAAUUAAGUUUAAAAUCAAACAUAAAAAAAUGGAAUUAAAAUAAUCAUUUUAAUUAAAAUGAUUGAUGAUUUCUUGACUACUAACAUUAUGUAUCUAAGAUUUGUCGCUGAAUCAACGGUGCUUUUAAAUGUAAGUUUAAACACAGUUGAAAUGCUUAGAAUAUAAGGACGUAUAUUAUAUUUAUAAAGUGUAUAUUGAAUUAUGGUUAUGCCGUAAUGUCAGAAAAAAUAUCUGAAAAAUAUUAUUUAUAGAAACUCAUUAAGUUUUAACAAUUUCCGAUCACGUCAUAAAAAUAGAAUUUAAUUAUAAACUUACAUUAUUUUCAUAGAUAAUUAAAUACAUUUAAUUAAUUACUUCUAAUGUUACCUAAUUAGAUAAAAUAAUGUAUGGUAUUUCAAAUGUUUUUUUAUUAUAUUAGGUAUAUUUUAUAUUUUAGGAAAAAUAACAAUUUGCUUUUCUUGUAUAGAUAGAAAAAUUCAUCAAUAUAUUCAUAAAAAUAAUAUGAUUCAUAUUAUUUUUAUGAAAUGACAUAAUUCGAAAUUUGUGAAAAUUAACUGUUAGAUGGUUUAUCUAAACUGCUAUAUUUUGGUGUAUUAAACCAUAAUGUGUAUGUAAACCUUUAAGUUUAGGAAAAUGUAAUCGAAAUUCAUUAGUUUUUGUAAAUUAUAGGUUUUAUUGUCUUUGUUAAAUAUAGUUUUUAUUAAAUUUAUACGUUUGUACCUACAUUUAAACGCGUAAUAACAUUAUUUAAUUGAAAUAAAAAGGAAAACAAAUUAAACAAUGCAUCAAAAAUAUAACAAUCGAUAAUAUAUAGCGAAAAGAUACUACGCUUUUUAAGAAAUUAAUUUCUUUAAUAAUAAUUAAAGAAAUGGUAUUUCUAACAAAAUGUAACUGAGAUUAUAACUUAAAAAUUAUCUAUAAUGAUUAUAUAAAACUAAAUUUAUGCUUACGUCCAAAGAUGUUAUAACACAAGUUAUUUUUUUUUGUAAUAACGAGGGUUAUGAGAUUAUUUUAAUAUUUAGUUAUCAAGAUAGAUUUAAUAUUGAAAAAUGUUAUUUGGAUAAAAUGUAAUUUGAAUAUUUCUUUAAAUAAACUUCUUAAUAUAAAA